UAUCAACAUUUUAAAGCUUCCUAGCUUCCCUUCAAAACCUUCCUUGUCUUCUCCCUUCUAUAUUCAAGGGAAUAUUACUCAUACAUAUUUCGAUACCAUGGCUCACGAUCCCAUUAUUUUCAUAGUUGGAAUUCUAGGUAACAUUGCCUCCUUCUUUUGCUUUAUAGCACCCAUAUCUAUAUUUUAUCAAAUUUGUAAGAAGAAAACAACAGGAGGAUUCCAAUCGGUUCCAUAUGUGGCUGCACUCUUUAGUGCAAUGCUUUGGAUAUUUUAUGCCUACAUCAAAACGGGUGAAAUGCUUAUCAUCACCAUCAAUGCAUUUGGUUGUUUGAUAGAGACAAUUUACCUCUCCAUCUAUCUAACUUACUGCCCCAAGAAUAUGAGGAUAUUCACAUUGAAGCUGAUUUGCUUAUGCAACUUGGGGGGAAUUUGUUUGGUUGUUGUUCUUACCCAUGUUCUAGCAAAGGAACGAACAGCACGCAUUGAACUUCUUGGAUGGAUUUGUGUAGUCCUCUCAACUAGUGUUUUUGCAGCACCUUUAAGCAUUAUUAGAGUGGUUAUUCGCACCAAAAGUGUAGAGUUUAUGCCUUUCACUCUUUCACUCCUCCUCACAAUAAGUGCGAUUACGUGGCUGUGUUACGGUAUUCUCCUCAGAGAUAUCUUUGUUACCCUUCCGAACAUUGUGGGUAUUACAUUUGGAUCAAUUCAGAUGGUACUAUAUGGAAUAUACAGAAAAAACAAGCCUAUAAAUGAUCAAAAAUUGCCAGAACACAAAGAUGAUAUAAUUAUGAAUGAGAAUCAGAUGCAAGUAGUAGUGAUCCCUCAUCAAAUUAACGUUGUUGACAUUGAGACUCAUGGAGAGAAACAAGUAGAAGAGAAGAAGCAGGAAAAAGCAGAACCAAAGGAAGAAGGAAUUCAACUACAACAACAAAAGGAAGGUUAAGAAGUUUGUUGAAAGGGUCAUACUUGUAACUCUCUUAUAGCAUAUAUACUUAGUUUCUCUUUUAUGUAAUUUCUGCUCUGUUUUCUUCAACUUAUUUAACCAUCAAAAUAUAAAUAAGUUUUAUAAAAAUUACUCAA